AUGGCGACGACUCCUUCCCCUUCGAAAAAGGCGAUGCAGCCUUCUGCAUCCCCGGCGCCCACCCAACCGGGCGAUUUCCGCAAGUCGUUCCAGCGCGAGGCGAGCACCGGCUUCGAGGAUGUGAUUCGACAACGUGCCGUCGAUUCCCGCCAUAGUCAGUCCACUAACAUUGACUCGACCUUGUUCUCUUUUACUGACAACAACAAAUGUUUUCACGGCAGACGUGAACCGAGGCUAUGGACUCGGCCAAGGCGUCCAACCUCCCCGUAGCGGCGGCGGCAGUGGCAGACCCUUGACGCAGACCCAGUCGAUGCCCGUACUCUCCUUCGCCCAACAAGACUCGGUCUUCCGUACCUCCAACGACGUCCUCAACGCAACGUUCGGUGAUGGGCAUGUGACCGAAUACCGAACGAGGGAGGUGCAACCUAUGUGGGCGACCCCACCUUCCCCCGCUUCUUCCCAAGGACGUGGGUUGAGACGACACCCUUCGGCGGGGAGUGCAAGCACUAGUAUGGUGUGGCCUGCACCUUCGGGUGGAGCUGGAGCAGCAACGGCAGCCAUGUCGGCCUUCUCGACACCGGCGGCGACUGGGCCUGGGGGAGGCGACGAUGGAGGCGAUGGUUUCGAUCUCGAUGAAGUCUUUGGGCCAAGUGGGGGGGACCAUCAACUCGGUGCAGCGAUCUCCAUCGACGAUGAUUCGCAACGGACGGUCACACAAGGGAUCAAAAGGGGGUUCUUUGAGACAGAGGAGGGGAUGGGUGAAGCAGAGGACGAAGAGAUGGCCUUGACCGACGUCGAGGAUGACGAGAUGCCAUCGGCGUUGCCCAAGGCCAGACCGACGGCGGGCAAUCGGAGGGUAUUGGGCAGGACACAGUCCGUACCGGCUUCGGCUUUCAGAGGGGAGUAUCAGUUUUAA